CCCUUUCCCGUCACCACGCCGCGCGCGCCGCACACGUACGUACAGACCCACCACCCCCUCUCUUCUCCUCUCAGCCAGGCAGCCGCGUUCCCCGCAUUGCAUUGACAUGGUCUCGUCUUGCCUCGCCUCGCCGGCCACUGCGCGCGGCGGCUCUGCUCUACGUCUGCAGCUUCAGCCGAGGGGGUGCCGCGUGACGUGCUUGGCCGACGCGGGGGGAGCCGGGAGCGGCGGCCGCGCCAAGGCCGUGGGAGGAUUCGCGUGCGGCUUGCUCGCAGCCUGGGCCGUCGCGUCAGCCCCCAGCCCGGUCAUCGCCGCUGGCCAGAGGUUGCCUCCACUGUCAACAGACCCAAAGAGAUGCGAGGCUGCAUUUGUUGGGAACACAAUUGGUCAGGCAAAUGGGGUGUAUGACAAGGUGCUUGAUCUCCGGUUCUGUGAUUUCACAAAUGACAAAGAUAAUCUUAAAGGCAAGACUCUGUCUGCGGCUUUGAUGUCAGGCGCAAAGUUUGAUGGUGCUGACUUGACAGAAGUUGUCAUGUCCAAGGCCUAUGCUGUUGGUGCAAGUUUCAAAGGCACGAACUUCACGAAUGCAGUGAUAGACCGUGCCAAUUUUGGAAAAGCCGACCUCGAAGGUGCAAUCUUCAAGAACACCGUCUUGUCGGGAUCAACCUUCGAUGAAGCUAAUAUGAAGGACGUCGAUUUCGAGGACACACUCAUUGGCUACAUUGACCUUCAGAAGCUUUGCAGAAACACCAGCAUCAAUGAAGACACAAGAUUGGAGCUGGGAUGCAGAUGAUUCAAUCAUAGCUGCACUUAUGGCAGCAUCGACAUCCAUCGUCCGGUAAAGAUUAGUAAGUCAGGUCUGUUAUAGAGCACCAGCAGGAUGACAACCCCCCUCCCCCCUCUGAAAAUAUGUAUGUACAAGCUUUUGUAUACCGUAAAUAUCAUACCACAGCUGCACUCUGUGCAAACACAACUUACAGCAAAUGAAAAACCUUAUGCAUUUCA